UCUUAUGUAAUUUAAACGCCACUAUUCAGUUCCUCUGCAUUGCCGCCGCUGCUGACGAUAAUGAUGAUGAUUUCACAACUGUGCCUUAUUCCAUUUUCCGUUUUCAUCUUUACUCCCAUCCGUGUGGACAGUUUGACAAAGGAAUGUACACUACUGCUUUGGUUGCCCAAGGUAUCUCUGACCUGAUCACGGCCUAUGGAGGAGUGGGCGAUUUGGCAG